GAUGCAAUUAAUAGACUGCUGGAGCACAGCUUCCAAGCCUCCUGACAGAGCCCCGUUCAGACCAUACCAUCGGCACCACAGCUCACUCUGAUGGGUUGCUUUAUCUUCAACAGUGGAAAUGUGACUUUGCCUGGAAGGAACCCUUAUACUGUGCAGACCUCUGUGCCUCUAACAAUCCUGGUGGGUAUCCUUAUCCUGCUAACACUGUUUGGCAAUGUCAUGGUGGUAAUUGCUGUGAUGACAAGCCGAGUCCUGAGAGCACCUCAGAACUUAUUUUUAGUCUCUCUAGCAUGUGCAGACAUCCUGGUUGCCACUUUAGUGAUGCCAUUCUCUUUAGCGAAUGAACUGAUGGGUUAUUGGUUCUUUGGGAAGGUAUGGUGUGGAAUCUACCUGGCUUUGGAUGUUCUUUUCUGCACAUCAUCCAUUGUUCAUCUGUGUGCAAUAAGCCUGGACAGAUACUGGUCUGUCACACAAGCCAUUGAGUAUAACCUGAGAAGGACACCACUCAGGAUUAAAGGCAAAGUCUGCUUAGUUUGGAUACUGGCAGCUCUCAUUUCAUUUCCUCCGCUUAUCACUGUGAAAAAGGACAAAGCAGACAGUCUUGAAUGUGACAUUAAUGGUGAGAAAUGGUACAUCAUAUUCUCCAGUUGUGCCUCCUUCUUUGUACCCUGUGUCAUUAUGAUUACGGUGUAUGUUAGAAUCUACCAGAUUGCCAAGAAAAGAACAAGAGCCCCACCUGGAGAAAGGCAAAGACACAAUGGGAACUCAGAAGACCCAAAGUUUGGUUUGGACACGAUGGAGAGAAAAGACAGAGAACAGAGGGAGGUGAGAGGAGAAGAUGGUAAAGAGGCUAAUGAGCUUGAUGUGGAGGAAGAACCCUCCUCUUCCGAUGGGAAUGAAACAAUCCUAUGUUCACUUACAAAGAAGAAGGCUAUGAAAACAGCAAAAGUGACUCAGGUGAAUCCCGGUGAAAGCGCUUCAAAACCACAGUCGGAGUCCCGCGAGAGAGGGAGAAGGUGGAAAGGAAGGCAGUACAGAGAGAGGCGCUUUACAUUUGUUCUGGCUGUAGUCAUGGGAGUGUUUGUUCUCUGCUGGUUCCCCUUUUUUUUCACGUACACGCUCACUGCUGUGUGUAACAAGUGCUGUGUGCCAGAGACCCUGUUCAAAAUGUUCUUCUGGUUAGGUUACUGCAAUAGCUCACUAAACCCCGUCAUAUACACUGUAUUCAAUAAUGACUUCAGGAAAUCCUUUAAAAAGAUCCUUUGUAAAAGGGACAGAAGAGUGUAA